UUGUAAAAUUUUCUCUUUUAAUGCUUUUUCACAAGAAUAGAGAGAGAACCUUUUAUAGCCCCACCUUUACUUCCUGCAACUUUUCAGUUUUUCAGUUUCAAUAAGUUGAAAUCAAAGAAAAAUAAUUAAUUCUAUCUAAACACUAUAAAUACACAACACAAGCAAUAGACCCCACCAUCUCUGUCUUUUUCUUCUUCUUUAUUUAUACAAGUCAUAGGUUUGGCCUAACCUAAACCAAGAAACAUGUCACAAAGGUUGGCAUAGGCUUUCUUUUUUUCCAAGAGAUUAUUAGUACAAUAUAGGUAGCAACCAUUCUCCUCAUUCGUUUGAGGAACAAAUCAACUUGUUAUUAUUAACCAAAAUCUCACCUUUUUUGCUUCUUCUUUUGACUGAUUUUGUGGUAAGAAUUUUUUGUGGUUCUUGUUUUCUUGGUCCUACUGGUAUACAAACAUGGCCAUUCAAGCGCAAUUGUAUUCGGAUAGUCUUGGGUUUCAUAUGGGAAGUUCGCAGGAUUUAAUUGACAAUAAUGCUUGUGGUUUCAAUCAAUUUUGUUUUAAUCCUCAACAACAGCAGCAGCAACAACAACAACAGCAACUCUAUUUGUCACAAAUCCAACAGCAACAGCAGCAAUUUCAAAUUCUGAACCAGAAAAAUAAUAUUCAGAAUUUGAUGAACACAACAAAUUCUAUUAUGUUUCCUCAGAGCCUGGCUUGUCAAUUUGAGAGACAGAGUCUCGAGAUUGAUCAAUUCAUCAGUUUACAGAACGAGAGACUGAAAUUGGCUCUACAGGAACAGAGGAAGCAACAAGUGGCAUUAAUCUUGAGAAACUACGAAUCAAAAACUCAGUUUUUACUGAAAAAAAAAGACGAAGAAAUUGCAAAAGCAGCAAACAGGUCAAAGGAACUAGAAAAUUUCUUGAAAAGAAUGGAAAUGGAGAAUCAAACAUGGCAGAGAAUAGCCAAAGAAAAGGAAGCCAUUGUCCUUUCUUUAAACAACACAAUUGAACAGCUAAGAGAAAAUGUCUGUUAUCAAUCAACCAAUGGUGGUGUAGGAGAUGCAGAGUCUUGUUGUGAUGUACAACCAAUUGAGCAGAAAGUACAAUCAGAAGAAAGAAGAAAGAUGAUGUGCAAAAGCUGUAAUUCUAGUAAAUUGUGCAUGGUCUUCUUGCCUUGCAGGCACCUUUCUUCAUGCAAAGAUUGUGACCCUUUUCUCCAUUCAUGUCCUUUAUGUAACAUGGUCAAGAAAGCAAGCAUAGAGGCUUUGAUUUGAUUUCUUUAUGAA